CCAAUAGUGACGUCAAUGGGAUUUUUCAACUCCUUGUUGUGUUUGUUUCAAAAUUUUUAAAUAUAUUCAUAUAAAAUGACAAACAAAUUAAGUGCCAAGUUUAUGGAAAUAUUCCGAAAUUUAAAAUCGGACGCCGUACCUCGUCCACCUCGUAAAAAAACGAACCUCAAUGAAAAUGAAUGCAGUGAACCACAAAAUGAAAACAUAGAUAGCAACUACGAAGAAAUCUUUGUUAAUCAUGACGAAAAGAAAAACAAAAAGAAACCAAAAUUCAAAAAGUCAUUCUCAGUUCCUCAAAAUGAAAGUGAAGAGGUAAAAAGUGAUGAGGAAGAUCGUCGCAGUAGCACCGCGAGCAGCAACGUCAACACUCAAGCUGGGGGUAAUGUAAUUAAUAUCGUCAACUCAAGCAAAGUAAGGUGGGGAAAUGAAUUUGUGUAUUACAUGGGAAAUGCAUAUGGCCAGCCAGGGAAGUCCCAUACACCCUCAAGUGAUGACGAAGAACCUAUAGAAAAAACAGAGUUGAUUGUUUUACUUUUAGAAGCCAAUAUUGAGCCAGAACAUGAAUACAUAGAUUAUAUUUCUAAACACCUGGGCAAAAACUGGUACAGUCUAUUUAGAAGGCUGGGAUUCACACAAGGACAGAUAGAAACCGCAGAAAUUGACAAUGCAAAGCAGGGUGUUGCAGAGGCUCGCUACAAACUACUGUUGGACUGGACGAGGAAUGACGAUAUCGGUACAUUGGGGAAGUUAUCAAAUGUUCUGUGGGAGGACGGGGAAAGACAAAUCGUUAAAGAUAUGGCCGAUAUAUAUGACAGAUCCAGAAAGUAAAUAGUUGUAUACAAAUUACGCAUUUAGAAUGAGAUCUAAGAUUUUCGCGAGUUUUAUUCAUUUAAAUGAAACUAUUAUUUUUCGGAUAAACUACGCGCGAUUUAUUUUUGUAAAAAACUCCAUACUCCCGACGUUUCGGUUACUUUUCAGCAACCGUGAUCACGGGCAGACGAGAUGUGAAUGAUUCACAUGUCGUCUGCCCGUAUGUAGUUUUUUACAAAAAUAAAUCACUCGUAGUUUAUCCGAAAAAUACUAGUUUCAUUUAUACGCAUUUAGAAUUUUGUAAUAAUAGUAAUUCAGAAGUGUCAACUCGAUUUAUAGAAUAUUUUUGUUUUGUAUGGUUCACAAAACUUCAUUCCUUGGAUUUGAAAAAUGCUACAUGAGCUAUUUAGCUGUCUUGCUCAUAGGACCGGGUGCUUAUAUAAUAUUGAACGGACAAUUUUGUGAACAUGUUUUUAUAUAUAUAUUUGUAAUUUGUAUUAUAAAAUUUUAUAUUGAGAUUAAAUUUUUACUUUGUAUGACAAUGUCAAUAAGGAGAUUUAGUAUGUAAGUAUAUUUAAGUUAAUAUUUCAAGUGCCCUUUUCAGUGCUUUAAGUACAAAAUGUGCAAUUUAAAAAAUAUAUCACAAAUGUUUAAAUUUUUUAUGUAUAUCGGUUUUUCUAGUCACGGGAAUUUAAGUACCAAAUUGUAUUUUUUUUUUAAACAUUCCAAAUUAUUAUAUUGUUGAAAGAAGCUUAUGAAAAGUCUGCUAUUUUCAAUUUAUUGUAAAAUAAAUAUUUACCAUUAAAAA